AUGACGGAUUGCAAUGAAACAUUUCAACACAAUAUUGGUUACAAAUUCAAAUCACCUAUCCUCAUGCAGGAGGCACUACGUGCAAGUAAUAUGUCAGAGGGUAGCAUAGACCUGACAGGAAACAAGCGUCUUGCCCUUGUUGGCGAUUCCGUCUUAUCGGUCAUGCUUCUUAAUCGAUGGUAUGGAAAAGGCGGAAGUACUGUAGAAGAGGGAGAUUUAAUAUUGCAAAAACACGCUUGUAACAAAAUUUUGGACGCUAAGGGCCAGGAAUGGUCUUUGGACAAGUUCAUCACCACCCAUCCUGCUCAAAAAGGUGAAGUCUCGAAGGGUGUUCGUGCAAGUACGGUUGAAGCUAUCAUAGGCGCUGUGUGGCUUGACUCCUUCAAAAAUGCGGCUGAAGUUGAUCGUGUUAUCGAUAUAUUGGGACUUUAUGACGAUUAA